AUGGUAGUUUGGGAGCUCGUCUGGAGGAGGACAGUGAAGACAGGCGCUGCGAUCUACGAAGCCAACCGCAUCGCUGCCGCCAAAGCGAAACGUGAAGCCCGCAAAUCACAACUUCGCCCAGUACGCAACACCGCCGCACAACCGCUUCCAACGUGUCCUCGAUGUCAACGGACAUUCCGGGCUCGAAUCGGACUUGUUGGACAUCUUCGGAUUAACUGCGCCUCUCGAACGGCACCAACCAUCGUUCCCCCGCCCUCCUCUUCCUCCUCCUUUCCGUCGCCAACUAACUCUGACAAUUCUUCUGACCCACCACUUCCAUCAUCCUCCUUCUCCUCCUCCUCCUCCUCCUCCUCCUCCUCCUCGCCCACUGCUCCAACGGCGGCCGCUCAGGCGACUGUCCCGUGCACAACAACCGACACUACCACCACCUCCCCCGACUCCAGCGAUGAUGAUCAGGACUACACUUGCCCUCACUGCGACCGUACCUUCACCUCACACAUCGGCCUGGUCGGUCACUUGCGAAUCCAUCGCACAGAGACUGGCAAACCAGUGCGUGAAGCACCAACCUACACCCACCGCACUCGCCUCCACUGCCCACACUGCCCUCGCACCUUCAGGCAUCGCAUGGGCCUCUUCGGCCACAUGCGCAUCCACGAGAGCGGCUUUGACCUCACUCCCGACAUUGCCACCACAUCCAACACAUCCACCGUGCACACCCCCACCCUCGCUCCAUCCGUCCGAGCCACCACCACCACUACCGCCUCCACUGUAGCUGACACUGACACCGCCGACUUCUCAUGCCCACACUGUCGACGCCCAUUCACCUCACGCAUCGGCCUGGUCGGUCACUUGCGAAUCCAUCGCACAGAGACUGGCGAACCAGUGCCUGGAGCACCCACCUAUACCCACCAAGCGCGUCUCAACUGCCCACACUGCCCUCGCACUUUCAGGCAUCGCAUGGGUCUCUUCGGCCACAUGCGCAUCCACGACGACCUGCGGUAG